CAUCUGUCUUCAUUAAUUUGUAUACAGUCCUUUUACCAGAACAAACUUUCUGAAGGUACUCACAUGGGAAUGCUGAAACAGCUGCACAACUUUUAUUUUGAAGAAAAAAAAAGUUGAGCCUCAGAACAGUGUGUUUAAAGAGAGAGAGAGAGAGAGUGACUCUGCAUUUAGGACUUUGACCAGCAUGUGUAAGAAAUGCUCUCAUGGCUGUAAUAAUCUAACAGUUUUUUACCUGGAUAGCCCUUGGCAAAGCUCCUCUUUUUCCCUUAUACAGUUGAAAGGAAUCCAGUGUGAUUCUGUACUUCGAUCAGCUUGACUCCAGUUUUGCACAGCCUGCCCGCUUUGGUAGUGCACGGCCGUGCCUGGCUUCUUGUGGCCUCUAUGGCCCUUUUCUGCUCCACUGUCAGAAAGAGGGAGGGAGGCUUCCCCCAGUACCAAAAUAUCAUUCUGUGUGCUCUCUGCAGCAGAGUAGCAAAGAACAAGUUUCCUGAUUACUGCCUCAUCUUUUUGGAGUUACUUGCUGGAAGAAGUCUUUUUCCCAACUUUAAAUGGAUGAUUGUGUUACAAUCAAGAAAAAGCAUCUCCAAAGACCAAUCUUUAGAUUAAGAUGCUUGGUAAAGCAGCUGGAGAAGGGUGACAUUAAUGUGGUGGAUUUAAAAAAGAAUAUUGAAUAUGCAGCGUCUGUGCUGGAGGCAGUUUAUAUUGAUGAAACCAGGAAGCUUUUGGACACUGAGGAUGAGCUCUCUGACAUCCAUUCGGAUUCAGUCCCGCUGGAAGUGCGGGACUGGUUAGCUUCUACGUUCACAAGGGAAAUGGGAAUAGUAAGAAGGAGACAUGAAGAAAAGCCCAAAUUCCGAAGCAUUGUGCACGCUGUACAGGCUGGGAUUUUUGUAGAAAGGAUGUACCGAAGAACUUCUAGCAUGGUUGGUUUGGCUUACCCAGCAGAUGUGAUAGUAACAUUUAAGGAUGUUGAUAAAUGGUCUUUUGACGUAUUUGCCCUAAAUGAAGCAAGUGGAGAGCACAGUCUGAAGUUUAUGAUGUAUGAGCUGUUUACCCGAUAUGACCUUUUGAGCCGUUUCAAGAUCCCUGUUCCCAAUCUUAUUUCAUUUGCUGAAGCUCUUGAACUUGGUUAUAGCAAAUACAAAAACCCGUAUCACAAUCUGAUCCAUGCAGCUGACGUUACUCAAACUGUGCAUUACAUAAUGAUUCACACUGGUAUCAUGCACUGGCUCACAGAACUGGAAAUUUUAGCAAUGAUCUUUGCAGCUGCUGUCCAUGAUUAUGAACAUACUGGGACCACAAACAAUUUUCAUAUUCAGACAAGGUCAGAUGUUGCAAUAUUGUACAAUGAUCGUUCUGUUCUUGAAAAUCAUCAUGUAAGUGCUGCUUAUAGACUCAUGCAAGAAGAAGAGAUGAACAUCCUGACAAAUUUAACCAAAGAUGACUGGAGGGAAUUGCGUAGCUUGGUCAUUGAGAUGGUCUUGUCUACAGAUAUGUCAGGUCAUUUUCAACAAAUUAAGACGAUGCGACAUACUCUCCAGCAGACAGAGGGGGUAGACAAAGCCAAAGCCAUGUCUUUGAUUCUACAUGCAGCAGACAUAAGCCAUCCAGCAAAAUCCUGGGAACUGCACUACCGGUGGACCAUGGCCCUGAUGGAAGAAUUUUUUCGACAGGGAGACAAGGAGGCUGCUUUAGGUCUUCAAUUUUCCCCGCUCUGUGACCGCAAGUCUACUUUGGUUGCUCAGUCCCAAAUAGGUUUCAUUGAUUUCAUAGUAGAACCAACAUUUUCUCUUCUUACGGACUCAAUGGAGAAAAUUGUUAUGCCUCUUAUAGAGGAAGCAUCAAAAUCUGAAAGUCCUGCACUUGGGGCACCCAGCCAAAAUAUUUUGGGAGCAGUAAGCAAUGCUGAAGCACAAAGACGACCCGGUUUUAAAAGUACAAGUGAUGGAGGGACUCACACAGAAAAUUCUCUAGCAACUGUAGAUCUAACAAGCUUUAAGGCCAACUUGAUGAAGAUCAUACAAGCAAACAAAGAAAGAUGGAAAGAAUUAGCAGUAGAAGAAGAACUUGUGAAAGAUGUUCGUGAAAAGGAAAAAGAACAAAGCAGAAAUUCCACAGAUGCACAGUUACAGGAAGAGACAACAAGGAUACAAAAUGAGAGUAGUCAGGGAAGCGAAGGUACAACCUGUCCUCCCAGAUCCAUCGUUCUACAAGUAGUCUCUUUGGACACUCCUCUGAGUGAUGAACCCAACUCAGAAAAGUGCACUAACUCUGAUCCGAACCAGAAAGAUCUCACCGAUGCCCAGCAAGAAACACAGAAUACAGACCCACUGAAUGGUGAGCCUAAACAUUGUAAGGUGUCGGAAGAUAUACUGAGAAGCACUGAGCAGAAAGAAGCACUGGUAGAGAACUAGCUUUGCCAUUUCAUAAAAGCUUCUGACAUUUCAGACAGGACAGGAGAAAAGAACUCUAGCUGUUCCUACCGUGUGCUCUCAGAGGCUGUUAUCCAUCAACUUGUUCUUGGUUCAUUCUGUUUCUGUGGAGAGUGAUUGGACAAAAUGAUCAAGAGUGUAAAAUGUAAACCCUGAGCUGGCAACUCAAAGCACUUAACAACUUGCAAGAUUUCAGUUGUAUUUGUUGUUGCUAUUUCCUCUUCUAUACUGCUUUCUUAAACUAGCCAAAAUAAUUCUUCUGCCAAAGUUGGACAUCGCUUUAUUGCAUCUCUGACACCAGACAUUUCCAAUUAACCACACAACAUUUAUCAUCUGCCUGGGAUAGCUGUUACAUGUCACUGCUACUGGCAUCCAAUGGAAAUGGAAAGUCAAAAUGAAACAUUAUUGUAGAUAGUUGUUCAUGCAACCAUGCUACAUGCAACAUAAAAGUCCUACUUGUUAGCUUCCUUAACAUAUCUGGAAAUAAAAGUAUAGAGAGUGUUGUUAUAGGAAGUUGUAGAGUUAUCCUGACCAGCCUGCAUGGCUGUCAUAUGGAGAGAACUGCUGUGUAACAAAUCAGUAUUUGAAAUAUCUCUCUAAAAUUAAUUAAGUAGCAUCCAAUAUUAAAAAUUCAAACAUUCUCAGCCCUACAGUAUUUUGGAAGACAUCAGCCGUGGUGACAGCCCUACCAUGAAGUUGGUGCUUAUUGUU